AUGUCUCAGAACUCCCAGGUCACCGAGUCCUCCUCCGCCCACGCCUCUCCUCUUGCCCUCCUCUGGUCGUACGAAUUCCGGCGGCAGAAUGGCAUUCUCUCCUCCCGCCUGCUGGAUGUCAAAGACCAGCUUAACGAGCGUGCGCUGCUCACUGAGCUUCUCUCCAAAUUCCUCAAUGACCUCAUCGUCAUUGUUGCUUCCAUGGUGACUGUCCUCACCAGUCGCUCCGAGGGUGCUGAGUACCGCAUCCGCCUCCUGCACCGUCUCCUCGGCCAAGCCCUGGUACCUCUGUGCCAGUACGACGCCUACUUCAACCUGGGCAAUCAAGCUCUCAUUGAUUGCAUCACGCAGCUCGACGCCCUGUACAAGCAGCCUAUGUUUUCCUUGGACGGUGACGAGGUCGAUGCCGCAACCUCACUUUCGUCUGCUCUCAGCGCCGAUUCAGAUGCCACGCCUCAGUCACCUCAAUCUGCGGAGGGUGGCCGCGCUGAAUCCAGCACCGAAAGUGACCAGGACGAUGACCAAUUCUUGCCGGCCGACGCCCGUGAGGCUCUCGCCAUGAAGCUCGAUGCGGUCAUGCAUCAGGAAGGUCGUCCUCUCGAGGACUAUUUCGACGCGGCCUGCGACUUCCGCCGUGACCAGAUCCGCCUGGGCCAGGCCAACGAACCUCUGUUCAUCGAGGCUUUCUUGGCAGGCUGCGACAACAAUCUGUACCGCCGGCGCUUGACGCACGCCCUGCGCAAGCACGGCUGGUACUGGACCUGGCUCACGCACGAGGUGCAAUACCUCGUCCUGGAGCAGGAGUACAUGGACAAGCAGAACUAUGCCUUGGACCAUGUCAUGUCUGACGGUUCCUUCAUGUGGCCGGACGGCGAGAGCAAGCACCGGAUCGUCUUCCUGCCUCCCAUCACUGAGGAGGACCUGACAGACUCGGAUGCAGAGCCUGAUGAGAAGUGA